AUGAGCAUUGACGACCUCCCCGAUGGAGUGAUUGCAGCUAUACUUGAAAAAGUUGCAGCUUCAGCUCGUUUGCCCGCCGACUUCCUAUCCGCAACAAUGACGUCCAAGAGGUUCACAGAGACUGGAAGGAGCCGUUCUGUCCUCAAAAAAGUCAGUGCACGUUGCUUCGACUUCAGCGCGAAAAAAUGGUCGGAUGGGCCAAAAACAUUCUUGCAAACAUGCGCUGAAGCAGGCAACCUUGAUGCAGCAUAUAUCCUAGGGAUGCCAAAUAUGUCCAGUAACCGCUGCUUUCUCCAGUGGGCACCGGAUGUGAUGGAUCCAGUGAAAAUGGAAACCACACAAAGCAUGUGUGAACGGAAGCCCUUGGUGAAGACAGAGGAUCACUUGGAUUCCCCUGCAACAACAAAAUCAAUAGGCAAGUUCAUUUUGGAAGGUGGACUUGAUCCUGGUGUUCUCCACUCUCCAUCUUUCAAGAAGAUGAUUGAUGUGCUUGAGGGGCCAGGGGUUGCAAUGCCGUCUUAUGAAUCUAUUCUGCAGGAGCACCUAAGAGAAACAAAAAAUCGUGAAAGGGAACUAAGCAAAGGUAUGCUGUUUCUUAGAUCCAUGGAUGUCUCUACCAUCAUCGAGGACGUGGACUUGCUAACGGAACUUAUUUUCCGUGUGGUCGAGGAUGUUGGUGCCCACAACAUUGUUCAGAUUGUCACAAAUGAUGGGUCGCCAUAUAUGCAGACUGCACGUCAUUAUACGCUAAAGCAUUAUGACCAUUCAUUCUUCUUUGUGUUGUGUGCUGACCAUUGCAUCAACCUUCUGCUUGAGAAAAUAUCACUAUCCAAAAAUGUCAGCGAUGUCCUAAUGAAGGCAAAGAAAAUUACAAGAUUUAUAUAUGGCCCUGCACUGCCAGUUGAACUGAAAGGAAUAUAUGAUCAGGAGAUUCUGAGUAGUUCUUGUCUGAAAUUUGUUGCAAUGUUCAUCACAUUAGAGAAGUUAGUUUCUGCGAGAGUAAACCUAGAGAAUAUAUUUAACUCGCCUGCAUGGGAUUCAUUUGAUUGGCCACCUUCUAGUAACUUGUUCAGACAUAUCUCAAGUAUAGUAAAGACAGAUGAAGCUUUUUGGCGUGCUGCUGCUGACAUUGUGAAGGUUACAAAUCCACUUAUCGGCGUGUUGUAUAAACUGGAAACUGACAUUUGUCCAAUGGGUAUCUUGUAUGAUGCCAUGGAUAGUGCAAAAGAAGACAUAAAGCGCAAUCUUAAAGGUCAACAUGGUGAUAUUUGGGUUGAGAUUGACAAAAUAUGGGAUGGUUAUAUGCAUUCUCCACUCCAUGCUGCUGGUCAUAUGCUAAAUCCGAGGAUCUUCUACUCGGACCGGUUCCUUUAUGAUGCUGAGAUCAGCAGCGGCAUCACAAGGUGCAUAACCCAACUGGGCGAGGUUCAUUACAAUCCCAGAAAAGCAGCUAUACAACUGGAAAUGUACCAACAUAAAUUGGGUUCUUUCGAUUCAACUCCUGCAUUUCAGACAGUAACGGGAAUACCACAAGUGCAAUGGUGGUCAGCGCACGGUGGCCGCACGCCCGAUCUGCAAACCAUGGCGAAACGGAUCUUGAGCCAGACGUGCUUCGGCGCUACCAGGUACAACAUCGACUGGAGCAUAUCCGAGAAGCUGCACGUUGGGCGGUGGAACAGGACAUUAGCUGAGUUCUGCCAAAUGGAGUACGUCCACUACAACCUCGUUCUCACCAGUGCCGCCCCUCGCCUGCAUGGUUCUUCCAUGCUUCGGCAUGGUAGGUUGACCAAUGGGCUGGAUGACUGGAUUACAGCACCGAAACAGACUGGUCAUCGCCAUUGA